AUGUCUUCAAAACAUGGAACUAAGAAGAGGCAUCAUAACCCCGUGGACAGUAUAUGCAGAAAGAUCAAGUCUAUCCAAAUGAUGGACCAAGUCUCUAACCCUGCUUUGCAGAUACCAAAAUUUCAGUCCCAGGACUUUGACAGCCCACAGUGCAACGUCAAAAAAAAUCUAGAAGAAAUACUGAAGAAAAGAACUCGUAGAAUUCAUAGUAGUACUGGCCCACAUUUAAUCAGUCCAAGUGCUGAUGGUAUUUUCUCUGCAGACUUGCAGUUGCUGUCACCUUGUAUCAGGCAUAUCACUGAGUUCUGUUCUGCAAAUGCAACAUAUUCAAUCAUUAGGAGUGAAGACAGAUCCAGCAACUCGUGGGUACCAGUAUGCACUGUGGAGGACUAUUCUCCAGCCUACUUCAGGUCCAGAGAGGCCAACACCCAGAGCAAACAGAGUGCUUUAUCAAGUAUUAAAUCUAAAUAUAUGCCUUGUGAGCAGAAGUACCUUACAUCAAGUCCAAACUUAUAUUUCUUCACAUCUGAAAAAAAGCCAGAAAGUGCCAUGAUCCCAUCUCCCUUGCCAAAGAGAUAAUCUUUCAAUGAAAGAGGACAGAAGCAGUCACUGUGGUACAAAGCUGAGAACAUGUAUGAUGUGAGCUUGAUCUGUGAAGAAGACCUACUGACCACUAUCUUCUAUGCAUGUGAUUUAGAUCAUACAGGAAAAGUAGCAGUUUCCAAGAUAGUUGAUUAUUUGAGACAUACAACAAGUCGGGAAUCAGAAGACAGUGGUCUUGAAGAUCUGUUCAACAUGCUUGACCCAGAUAAGAAAGAUGUCUCUGUGGACCUGAAAACAUAUCAUGCCAUCAUGAAGGAGUGGAUUGAAGACUGUAAGAGAAAAUGGGAAGAUGAUGCCACUGAGGAACCAGCUGCAGGCAUGGAAGAUCUGGAGCUGCAAGCGCAUAAGAACACCUCUGAUGCAAAAAAGACACAUGUCCGGAUGAAUGUUACAUCAGGAAGCUUGGAGGCCUUUGGGGGUGAUGUGUCUAGAGGAGACAUGGAGACUUCUGACUUGAUAAUCUGUGUGGCAGACCUGCAGUACAACAACCAGAAGCUUCAGGAAGAGAACAACAAGCUGAAGCUCACACUGGAAGCUGUGGAUGAGACCAACAAUAAGCUAUUGGCAGAUAAUGAGGCUCUACGUCAACAAAUAAAAAGCAUCCAGCAUUCUGUGCUGAAAGCCAAGUCACUGGAAGAAGAACUAGAAGAAGCAAAAGCCAACCUGAACCUGUCAGAAGAGAAGAGACAAGAGAUUCUCUGCCAGAAUAAACAGCUAGAAAAAGAAACUCAGUCUCUCAUCAUGAAAAUUACUUCUCUUCAGGAAGAGAAUAUUAGGAAUAGCAUGGAUGCUGACGGACUUCAACAGAAGAUUUUGGAGCUAACUAAAAAUGCAGCAGAGCUUCAAAUCCAAGUACAUGUCUAUGAGGGCACUCUGGUGAAUAAAGAAGCAAGUCUGAUCCAGAAAGAACAGGACAUCAAAGAGCUGAAGUUAACCAUUGUGGAGUAUUCCUCAAUAAUAGAGACUUUGCGGGCAGAUAAAAAUAAGCUUCUGGAGAACAUGCAACACAUGCAGCAAGAGCUGAUCUCAAAUGGGUUGAGUUUCCCACUGUUGUAUAAAUUUAACAGUAAUAUUCCUGAAGGGACGAAUUCACUGCUCUGUGAACUGGAGCUUGCUCAGUCUUCUGAGAUUAGCAAGACUGAAUGGACAUCCCUGGAUGAAACACUGGACCAUGAAGUGCUUCUUUUACUUCAGGGACCUGAGUAUGCAGGAGAAAAAUUUAAGACUAUCAUGCAAAGCCUGGUCAGUGGCAGAGCUUAUCAAGAGGAAGCCUUUGAAGCAGAGAAGCUUGUCAUGACUUGUUUACAAUGGGUAAAAGAUCCUGAUGUGAACAUGCAGCAUGAGUGGGAGAGAAAACUUGUGGUUCUUAUUCAAGAACUAGGAGAAAAGAGACAUCUUUGGAUCCAGAAACUUCAUCUCUUGGAAAAAUACAAAGAAUCCCUAGAUAAGGAUUUUAGUAGAAUGGCAGGCAACCUGAGGAGGACCAAGACAGAGCAACUUCACCUAAGAAAAGAGCUCUCUGCCAGGCAACGUGAGGUAGAAGCUGUCAAACAGCUACAAGAAGAAGCUGCUGGGCAGGCAGAAGUCCUUGAUUUAGAGCUGCAAAAAGCUAAAAAGCAGCUUGAGGAUGCUAGCAGGAAGGCAGAGGAUCAAGUUGAAGCCUUCCACUCAGCUCGUGAGGAAGCUGCAUCCUUGAAAUGCAAGUUAGAGGAAGCCAUUUCUGAGCAGCAAAAACUUAAGGAUGUGAAUGCAGCUUUAACAAACAUUUGCCAGUUGCUUCAAGAAAAGGUGGAAGACCAGAAAAUCACUGUUAACACACUAAGAUGGGAACUGCUUCAAAGGAGACUCUGUGAGUUGCUAUGCCAGUGCUGUGCAGAGUUAGAACAUGACUACAGUUUGCUGCCCACACCAGCUGAGCCAGUGAAAGGGCAGCAGCUCCACUCCUCUAAAAGAAGACGGUGGAGUGAAGGACCCACCUUGUGCACUGAGCUUCCCAGGACACUGCCCUCAGAUAUUUCAUACUGGAGUGGUUCACCUCUGCUAGAUGCUUUGAACUUGGAAGGCUCAUGCCCAAAUAACUCUCAUGUGCGUGGCUGGGAUUGGCCUUGUAGGCAGAGCUCUGACAGCCCCACACCUGAAAGCUCUGAUCUGAGACGUGUGUCCACUUCAGAUGUGACAGCAGUGGGGUACAAGUGGAAAAUAUGCUCUGCUGGUAACUCCAUUGAUGCAGACCUUCCUGUUUCCAUUACAAUGAUGGACUCUCCACUUGCUGAGAUUGACUGUGCAGAGCCAACACGACCAGCCAGUCUGAUCCCACCCAGUGAUCACUUAACUUCACCCCAAGAAGCUCUUGCAUCCUCUUUGGAAAGCACUGCACCAGUAAGAGGCUCUCUUGUUAUGGAGGGAAAAUCACCCCAGUGCUCACGUGAAAAGGAAGAUGAUGUGCCAAGCUCUGUAGCCAUGGAAAAGAACAACCAUAAGGACCUGGCCAGACCUGUACCAGGAGUGGACCUGACCAAGAAGGAAUUCUGCCCUGUGAUGGAAGAACACAAAACCACACUUCAAACUGUUUUAAAGCAAGACCCGGAGGUGGGCCAGGAAAAGAAAAAUAAAGAGCAGAGUAAGGAAGCCCCAGCUGUGGUUCCCAGCAGGAAAGGGAGUUCAUCUAUUGCAGGUGUCAUUAAAGCAGAUAAAACAAAGCAAAAUGAGCCUGACUCUCCCAGUGAGAAAGAAGUGGAGGCUGAAUUUCUGAGGUUGUCUUUAGGUUUUAAAUGUGAUUUGUUUACCUUGGACAAGAGAGUGAGGCUUGAAGAAAGGUCCCGAGACCUUGCUGAGGAAAAUUUGAAAAAGGAGAUCACAAAUGCUCUAAAGAUGUUAGAGGCUCUAGUUCCAUUGUGUGAAGAAGACAACCAAGCACGGGAGAUAAUUAAGAAGCUGCAGAAAAGCUUGCAGUACCUCAGCCAAUAUGCAGCUCGAGUUGCCAGUAGAGCAGAGAUGUUGGGUGCUAUUAACCAGGAGAGCCGUGUCAGCAAGGCUGUGGAAGUGAUGAUUCAACACGUGGAAAACCUGAAGCGCAUGUACGCAAAGGAACACACGGAGCUCGAGGAGCUGAAACAGGUUCUGCUGCAGAAUGAGAGAUCCUUCAGCUCUCUGGGAGACAGAGAUGAAUCUUCAAAUAAAAAGCUACCAAAUUCUUUUAACUUUAAGCCAUCAUCAGCCCUUCGACGAGUUAGCAUUGCAGCCUUGCCUAGGAGUGCUGGAAAUGCAGGUAUUGGGGUGCCACUGGCCCAGCUCCACGAACCUGACGGAGAUGAAUGGAGUGAGAAGUUCCACAGGAGAUCCAGUAGCUGGGGACGACUGGGAGCAAAGCCAAGUGAGAAGCGUCCUUCACUCCAGCGUUUCAUUAGUACAUAUUCCUGGCCUGAAUAUGAAGACCAAAAUCCUGAAACAAAAUACAAGGAGUUGGAAUCACCCCCUGAAGUGCAAGAAGAGCCAUCACAGAAGGAAAGCAUCUCUGAAAAAGGAAAAUGCUCAUCCAAAUGGAGCCUAGAGUCAGCGUGCAAUUUAGUGUCAUCUUGGGCAUCCCACUUCAAGAGUUCCUUUUCAAAUGCUAACAAAACUCUCUGGGUUUCUGUUUCCAUCCUGGUACUGCUUGCUGCUCUCACGAGCUUCCUCACUGGGCUGUCUCUUCAAAGACCAGCAGAGGCAGCACCUGUGGGAACUGGGGACUCCUGGACUUCACUACAGCAACUGCUGUGGCCAUAUACAGGACUUCAUCACAAUGGGCCACCUCCAGUAUAACAAAGAUUCUGACUUUCAUACUUGUACUUCCAAUUUCUGGAUGACAGUAUGAGAAGCUGAGAUAUAGUAUAUUUAAGGUUAUGUAUUUGGGGUUUUGGGUUUGUUUGCUUGGGUUGUGGGUAUUUUGGGGAGAUUAUUUUUUUGUUUAAAAAAGCAUGACUUGAAAUUUAAAAAUACUUCCCCCCUCUGAUUCUGACAAAAGUCAUCUUGACAAGUACCUAAAAGGAUCUCUGUUCUAUUCAGGUUUACUAUGAAACAUAGCUUUAGAACAUAGCUAACAAUAAUAAUGACUAAGUGGUCUAGCCACAAAAGAAUAAAGAACUUAUUUUGCUGUAACAAAAAUAGAAUGUUCGCAUUUUAGUCAUUGAAGCUGUUCCAAGAAUUUGAAUAGAAAAUGAUUCAAGACUUCAUGUAACUUUAUUGAAAGUGUUUGAUAAUAAAGGCUU